AUGGACAAAUCUUCCCAAGUCACCGCCGAGCGACUCGCUUCAAGGACGAGCGACACCCCACCUCUUCGUCUUCCUCCACCUCGACUCGACACCCUCACCAACACACACAAAUCGCCAUCGUCCGGUCGCGACGUCACCUCCCUCUGCUCUGCGGCGACAUCACCCAGUACUGCUCAUCACACCUUCAUCUUCACGUUUCGACACCCACCUCAUCUCGCCGUCAACCACCACCACGUCCUCGAAAAGCCACCACCUCACACACCCCACAAUCACCAACCUGCCAAUAUCAUGGUUGCCGACGAUCAAGACAAGCAACGAGUUGCCGCCUGGUGCCUUGGAGGGGAAAAGGUCAUUGUCCAGAUGAAGAGAGAACUCAGAAAACAGAUGGCCCGUCAGCCUUUCAACGACAAGCCGUUUCUCGGUCAGCCUCUCAAAGCAGACAAGCACCGAGUCGUGAGGAAAAGGAUAUGGGCAGCGGUGGAGACUACCGACGCCGGCCAGACGUUCAAGAACAAGAUACCCAAGGACAUGCACAGCAAGAUCCUGGAUUGGAUGAUGGGCAUGGUCAACAAGACUGCACCCGUAGCCAGAUCUCGCCUAUGGCCACCCGCAAUCGAUCCAAAAACCUCAGAUCCUACAGCUCAGCAGUCUUUGGAUAUGCAGCAGAUGCUACCAGACUCUAACGAGAUCAAGGAAGAGCAGAACGAGAUUGGAAUGAUAUCAGACCGCCCAAGCAUCUCCGACGACUGUCCCAGUGAGAUAUCUCGCGGUCCAUCUCCAGCAGCUCCCUGUAUGAGAGGUGAUCAGAGAAUCGAAAUGACGGAGUUGCGGGGGCAAGAGGAGGUGCUCGAGAGCCGCAAAAGCAAGCGCAAAUACGAGGAGUCACCACACCGUACCAGCGCCUCUCCCAGCGGCCAAUACGAUACGCCUCGCCGCCCAGCUGCUCCCCGCAAUGCCGAGAGAUUGGAUUCGAGCGUUCCGCGGGCUCCCAAGAAGUCGCGGAAUAUGUUCGGCACUCUACCCAGUCCGGAGCCACAGAACGAGCGCCAGCAACCAUUGGAAGAGAAAGACGAGAGUCCUGACAUGGUGCCGAGCUAUUAUUACGAGCCACCACCACCGCGGGAGCAGCUUCUUGUCCUCGGAGACCAUGUCGCUAAGAAUUGGGGACCCAACACCAUCGGAGAUCUCGCGAGGUUGGAGGACUAUAUCGUGCAGGUUCUGAAGAAAGAGGAGCCUCCAGCUUCGGUCAAGGGAGCUCACGAAUCGUCCAGUCCGGCCUGUCACCAGCUCUUCACGACGUUCAGAAAGAUUGCGGCCGAAUGGCGCAAGGAUUCCCGCCGGUAUCCACUGGGAGAGAGGGAUGCAGUGCUCCAAAAGCACGUCCAAGAAGCCGCUGCGCACCUCCUUGUUGUGCAUGAGGGCCUGAUGUCUGACGGUCUCAAGGCGCUGGAGAGCGUUCUGAGCAAGAUGGGCGAGAAACGUGACAAAGAAUGA